AUGUUCUUCCUUAUGAUAGUAGCCGGAAUGAUGUGUACAGCUAUUAAUUAUUUUCGGAUUUUUCAGAUAGUUUCAUUUGGAUUUGACACUGAAAAGUUUCUGUCAUCUAUAGUAUUUGCACAGACAUAUGUUUUGUAUCUGUGUAUUGGAUGUCAUAUUGGGCAACAAAUUAUAGAUCACAAUAAACUUGUAUUUGAGACUGUGUACAACGUUCAGUGGUACAUAGCUCCCCUACAAAUACAAAAGAUGAUAUUGUUUCUUUUGCAAAGAGGUAGCAAGACCUUCACUUUGAAUAUUGCUGGAUUAUUUAUUGACUCACUUGAAGGUGCUGCCACACUGAUGAAAGCUAUACUAUCAUAUUUCACUUUUCUACAUUCUACACAAAGAUGAACUCAGAAUAUAAUAAACCAAUAAUUGCAAAAUAGAGCCUGUUAAGCACAAGAAGGUGCUGUACAGUAAGUAAUAGAUAUUUUAAUUAUCAAAUAUGUUUUGAACAGA